UAUAAAGCCUUAUGUCAACGCAAACAAAACUAUGUCAAAAUUAAUUCUAAAUUUUGUGUAAAAACAACAACAACUCAUUCAGUAUAAUUAACAGUUAUCCAUGAGCUCCUUUUAUUUCGUUAAACAGUGAAAAUAAACGCGAUGGCUGAAAAGUCUGCUGAGGCUAGUCCCAGUGAAGCCAGUACACCACGAUGUGAAGAGAAGCAAUCAGGGAACUGGUGGGACAGCUGGAUCACAUCUGCUAAGACUAAGUCAGCUGAAGUAUAUACGAUGGUAAAAAAAGAUCUGGACGAAAUAGGGAGCGCAGUCAAGAGCGAAGCUAACCAUGUAUUCAGUACCACAUCUAAUGUCAUUGGCAAAACGUUCAAGUUGGAUGUACCUGAAUCCCCCGCAAACGUAAUGAAGAAAAGCUUUAGUACUUUCAUUGGUCAAAUGAGCACAGUGUUGAAUCCAGAACCGGAUGAUGACGAUGACACUGAGGUCAUCCUGUCCUCUGGAGACACUACCAUGCUCACUACAUACAAGAAAGAACUAGAAGCCCUCCAAAGAGUGGACGCCACAUUCAUAGUGCCAGCGUGCACGCCCGAGUUCGAAGCGUGGCGAUCAAGUCUCGAGAGCACAGAGUACGGAGUGAUAUCCAACGCCACAGCGGUGCGUCGUCUCGAAGCCAGCCCCGUGUUGAAGGCUCAAUAUGAGAAACUUGUGCCGGACGCGGUCACACACGACGAGUUUUGGGAGAGAUACCUGUUCCGGGUGGCUUUACUGCAAGACCGCCUGGCGGCUGCGGCUCGCAAGCAGCCGUUAGAGGAGCCCACUGCGGACCCCGUACUCGCCCAUCUACCCUUGCAAACUCCCAUACAACAGAGUCCAAAAAAGGUACUGUCGGGCCUGGACAACGAUACUGCAUGCGAGGGUUCCGAUGUGGACAAUGUGGUCGCUUGGGAGGAUGAAGAUUUUGCAAACGAUGUCGAACUCACAGAAGAACAACAAACAUUACUCCUAGAGGAAUACGAAAAGGAGAUUGCGUCCAAAAAAACUAUGAAACAAACGUCCCCACGAGAUAUAGCCAAUAAUAACGCGGAGAUAAAAACAAAAACACAAACCAGAGACAAAAUGAACAAUAAACAAAUAAUAGAAAAGAAAAAUGGCGCCUCACCUAAAAAAAAUAAAGCUGAUGAUUGCGGUAAUAAUAUAGUUGAAGAUUAUUUCGCGGAUAAAGAAGUGAAAGAUGAUGCCAGCGCGAAUUCAGACGAAAGCUGGGAGAAAGAAUUUGAAAUUGAGGAUGUAGAGCAAAAAGCCUGAACGUCAAUUUCCGGCCAUAGACAAACUUUUGAACGCCAUUACAGAGAUCAUUUCGUAACAUGUUAGUCAUUGCUUAUUUAAGACUUGCAAAUUAAAAAAUAUGUAACCUAACUGACACUAUAUAACAACUACCUAUUAAUUGUGUCUAUUACGAAAACUAAUAAUUCCUAAAAAUGCAAUAGAAGUCAUUGUGCUCUAUCAGUGUAACUGAAACGUAUAUUUCAAUGAAACAUGAUGUUAAAAACGACAAAAGAUUUUAAACUCAUACUGACUCGACCAAUGUUUUUCAAGAAAUAUGUAAAAUUUCAUUGGUGGAUAGAUCACUGAAGGGAUGCUAAUGAUUUAAACUUUAUACUGUAUAGUUUAUGGCAACACUGAUUAAUCUGUCACUAUAUUAUUUGUUUACUUAUGACGAAAUGUCUUAAAUAAAAAUAAACCUAUCGUAAUGGCGUCCAAAAGAUCAUUAAAAGUAUUAUAAAUGAAUUUCGAAUUAUAAAUAACGUCGGCCACGCGACUCAAUAGUACUGAUUAUGCCUUACUCUAUAAAAUUAUGGCAUCAAUAUAUUGUAUACUUAUAUUCGCUUAGUGUAUAAAUUUAGUAACCUUGAAUGGCUAAGAAUAAUAAAUCAUAUAGAUUUUUAUAUUAGAGAUAUUAGAACAAAGGUUCUUAAUACAUUUUUAUGCAAAUAUUUGGAUAGCUAUAGCUUUUUCAAAACUAGAAGGUUAAAAAAGGUAUGAUAGAAGGAUCAAGAUCUUGAAAGUUUUGUCCUUCUAAUUAUUACUACUUUGCUUGUGAGAUAUGGAAAAUCUUACUUUUGAAAUAUAAAAUUGCAGUUCUUUACAUUUUAACGGUAGUCACUUACCACCAGGUAAGCCGCAUGCUCGUUAGCCCCCUGUGUUGUAAAAAAAAAAAUAGAGAAAUUUUAUUGAUCUUGUAAUAUUCUUAAACAUUUGAAGGUUACUAAAACAAUCAUCGUCGUAAAGCCGGUGUUAUAUUCUGUAGAUCUGUGAAUAUAAAUCUGCCAUCCGUGAUGUCAGUCUAAAUAAAGAAAACAAAUUUGUUAGAAAAUCAUCUUUAUAAUUAUUUCUAUAUUAUUAUCGUUGCUUCAGUGAUAGGGCUGUGUGUAGGUUCAAUAAAAUUUCGGUAUAUAAAAAUAUUCUCUUCAUUUAAGAGCUUCCUCUUGUCAGUGCAAAUAAUUCAUGCAUUUUCCUCCAGCUACCUCUAUCCCAUGCCAUAUCUUUGACCUCCCUAUAUGACGUGACAUGAUACCUAGUGUAUCCUUUACUACGCCCCCCCCCCCCACACACACCAUACCACCACCAUAGACUCAGAAAUAUUCUAUACAUUAGUUUGUAUAAAACGUAAAAUACAACAGGCCCUUUUGACUACGUGAUUAUGUGUAUGAGCAGUUAUAUUCGAUUACAGUAAUGUAAUUCCGGCUUUAAGCGAAUAGCGAAAAAUUAAUAUUUGCUGACUGCAUAGCAUAUGAAUAAUAUAUCUGGCAAGUUGGUAAGAAAAAGUACUUAAAAUCUGUAAAGUAUUAGUAUUUUCAUUCUGUUAAUGCCAAUUUUUAUUCGAUACGAAACUAUGACGUUCUUAUUUGAUAGUAAUUAAACCCAUAAUUGUAAUUUUUAAAGAAAUUACACCAUGAUCAUUUGACGUCUCUUUCUUACCAACUUUCCAUCUCUUAUGGCGUUUAAUACAAUUAUAUAGAAACGAUAGCGUGACGACUGACGUGCUGUUGAUAUAUAAGAAUUACGUAUAACAUAAUGUAAGUGCACAUACAGCUGAGUUAUUCCUUUAAAAGACCCUUCUCAUUUAAUGCAUUUAUUUUUAUUUUUUUCUUUACGAAAAUUGAAUUUUUUACAAAUUAUAUUGAGUACUGACCUUGUAUUUUGACAUUACGAAGUGAAAACUAAUUGUAAUCAGUUUCAAUGUAACAUAAGAGGCAAAAGAAAUAUACAUCAUUUGCUUUUAAAGAGAUUAUGAAGAAAUCUAAUUUAAUAUAAAACUCAUCUCGCUUAUUUUUACUUCAUUUCAUCUAACAGACGAAAAUUUCCUAUGGCAAAUUGUUCUGUUACAAAUUAGGUAUUGACUUCUCGGGAAACCUAAUAAUUAUCAGUAAAUACUGUGAGUAUAAACUGAUUGGUUAAAAUUAUUUCUUAAAAAAUUGUAAACUAACCAAAUACUCGUGCAAUGAUUAAAAAAAAUUGUUAUAUUAUCGAUUUGUGUGAUCCACCGUAUCGGAAAAAUAUCUCUGAAAGAACGCUUUUAAACUAUUUUUAGUAUUUCAUUGAAACGUGAACGAAAUUGAAUAAUAUCUCUGCCAAUGUACACUUUUAAAUAUUUUGGCUAUAAAAAAGUUUUCAUAUAAAUUGUAUACGAUAAUAGUAUAAAACCCUUAUUCUAUAAUUUAUUUUUAUUUAAUAAAACAAGUUUUAAUGUUACAAAAAGAUGUCAUUCCUAUUUUUGCACAAAUCCUUAUAAUUAUAUUCAAUUUGAUAUAAUUUUUGUUGUUAGAUCCAUAUCAAAUAUCCCAUUUAUUUAUCUAUAUACUAUAUUAUCGACUAUUUGCUUAUAUCUGUGGUAUACAAUAAACUACUUAUGUAUUUACCUCCUUAUUCAUAAGAACUAAGACCUACAAAUCUACUUUAUUACACUCUUUUGUCACUUUAUUUAAAAUUGGGAAUUUAGUGUAAAAGAAAGAAUAGUGCAAUAGCUUUAAAGGUUUAUGAGAAGUUUGACGUUUUUAUGGACAAUGGAUUACUGUGCAUCACAGAUAUAAAUAAAUAGUAUAAUUAUUACAUACCUGUAUAAUGAGUAAUGGAAUCAGCAAAGCAACAUUUCUUUAUAUACGAGUAUAUAAUGAGUCGCAAUAAAAACUACUAACAUUCUCCACUUUAUUUAAUUAAUUAAUUAACAUGAUGUCAAAAUAUUUAAAUAAUUAAUUAACAUGAUGUUAAAAUAUUUAAUUAAUUAAUUAACAUGAUGUUAAAUGAUUAAUUAAUUAAUUAACGGUUAUAUUAUAACACAAUAUUGACACGGAGAUGUGGUACAAUAACAUGUAAAGUGUGAUAUCCAUAAGAUAGUUUUAUUUUUCGAUAUAGCCGUAAGUAGUGUAUAGUGAAAAUUUUUCAGCUUUCUAUCAAUGCAUAGCUGCGACAGCGGUGAAAAAUGUUUAAGUAUAAUGUCGGUACAUUAAUAGCAAAUACAUUUUGUACAAUAAAAUGUAUUGCAACUCUGAAACCAAUAAUAUGGAUAAUGAUUAUUGUUAUAAUAAAAAAUUUAAUUUGUAGUCGUUUUUAGUUAAUAAAUAUAAAAUAUAUUUUAAAUAUUAUUGGCAUAUAUUGAAAAUAAAUUAGCGUAAAAACCGUAUUAAUGAUACUCGAUUUUUUUUUACUUAUGAAAUUAUGCAUAUUACCAACGAUGAAACCGAUGCGGCAAAAUUUAUUAAAAAAAGAGUUCAUUAUUAUGUAUGUGAUUCUGUUUGAAGGGUGGGAUAUGGCAGUGAAUUUACAGGGUAUAGAGGAAUAACACCUAAGUCCUCAGGAAUGGCAACGUAUAGGGGGUACGUCAUGGGAGAAACAGUAUUCUCUGUUAUGUCCAUGGUACUGCUGAUGUCUAUAAGCGAUAUUACUACUUUCCAUCUGGUGUGCCGUCAGCUCGUUUGCCAUUCUAAGUUACAUAAAAAAAAAAACAAGUCGAAACUAAGAAUUAGUCAUGUUAUUGGGUUCAGAUUGUUCCUUUAGGAUGAUUAUAUUACUUGCAAUUUUUGUAUUUUACUUUAUUAUAUAAGUCAAAUGAUCGGUCAAGUUGUUUGUAUCAAGUUGACAUUAGGUUUCGUUAUGUUUGUGUAAAUUAUAAUUAUUAUGAAUAUGAAUAAAAGUUAUUAAAAAUUGUAA